UUCUAACCACUUAAGCAGACUUUAGUGGGGACUCUAGUCUAUUAACUCUAUACUAACAGAACUAAACGAAUCCAGACAAACUCGGCGGCCGCCUAACUCACUGAACAGGAAGGAGUCAGAAAGCUGUAUCUCCAACAGAAUCUAGUAAGCCAGAUCUGAUAUCCCGAUUUCUACAUAAGAUGAUGGGUCUUGGGCCUGUGCUUGGAAAGCUGAGGAAUAACUUAAUUGCGGUUAACAGAAUUAGAUCAAUGGCAGACAAGGUUAGUGGAAUUGGAGCCUCAAACAAUCAUUCGAUGCCCCCUGAUUUUGGAAUUAGGCACCAAGAACACAAACCCUUAUUCCCGCCUUUCAUUCGAAGCCUCAUGCAGAAAGGAUCAUUAACAAACGCAGAAUUAACUCGCAUUCAAACCUUUCUGGGGGAAUUAAACUAUCAAGGCUCGUGGACACCUGACGAACAAUUAACCUACCAAGAAUUGUCGAAUCGGCUGGUGCUGCUUAAUGUAACGUUUAACGCACGCGAAUCAAUCCUUUGGAGACUGAGGGAUGAUGAUCCCAAGAUUACAGCUACUGCUGGUUUUGCGGUGGCAGAAUUCAACAAGCAGAAGAAUGCCCAGCUGCGAUUCAUUAGAGCAGUAAAGGGAUUUCGCAGUUAUAGUCGUCUUUGGUUUGAUUACUUUCUAACUUUGGAGGCAGUUGAUGAUCAUCUGGGCAGAACUUACCAAGCAGUAGUUAAAGAAAAUCUCGUGUAUCCCCAUAAACCCUUUAAGGUCCUAUUAUUUGGUCUUGUUGCUGAUAACGGCAAUGGGAAUUUGUUAAAUCUAAUUGAUAACAGAUGGAGUGGGCCUUAUGGUGAAUGUCUAUAUGAUGAUCGAGGUUUUACAUUCAGAGUUGGGGAUUACAAGUUAAAGCCUCCAAUGAAAAUAAAAAGAUGUUCUCUUGAGGGUGAUUUACUAAGCUCCUUGCACAUGUUGUAAAUCCAAAACGGAGCUGGGUCUAUACAUCUCACUGAUCUCAAAAGUUAAGCCAUAAACCACCACAGGUGGUCGAGUUGGUAAGAGCCUCCAGGUGUGAAACCCCCACAUCCGGAUUCGAAUCCCGCCGACGCUUAUUAGAGUUGAAUCCCAACAUAUUCUUGGUGGCCAAGGGGGAGGAAGCGUUAUGACAAGAUUCCCUGAGCACGGAUUAGUCUCUGGGCCUAGGAAGCCUCUGAAGACACUGUGUGAUUGACAACUCAAAAAAAAAAAAAAAAAGUUAAGCCAUAACACAAACUAGAGUGUGUCCCAAGAAACUAGAAUUAA